UCUCGUCUAUGUUAUGCUGCAUCUAUUUUUAAAGCUGUGAAACAACUGAGCCUUCCCAAAGAGUGAAGCUGCUUCGUACUGAGUCACCUCUCUCCAGUUCCAUUUCACUUUUGGAAACGCUUGAACCUCUCAUGUCAUUUUCAUGUCAAGAUAUUUUCCUGAGCGUCACUGUCAGAAAAUAGUAAUGUCAGCUCACAGCAGUGAAUUAGAGGGCAGCAGCUGUGAUGAUGCAGGCGAACAAUAUCUGCCAUGUUGUGCCUCUGGACUUGUCUCAGCUAAAUUAACUGUCGUGGUUGGAGACACUCACUUCUCUGAGGAGAAGAUGUUACUUGUUCAGAGCUGUGACUAUUUCCAAGCUCUGUAUCGCUCUGGGAUGAAGGAGUGUUGGCAAGAAGAAAUCCACCUCAAGUCCCUGCGUGCUCGAGGUUUCCUUAUCGCCUUGGCGGUUUUACGAGGUGAGAUGCCCGUCCUGGAUGGCGACGACAUUGUUGAGGCAAUCGAAUGCGCCGCUUUCUUGCAGGUGGCGGCGCUCACUAAGCAUCUCAUCAACAUCAUUGACUCUGACAACUGUUUGCUGAUGUAUCACACCGCUUCAACCUUCGGCCUCAUGGACCUUUACCACGCCGCUGCGCUGUUUAUCCGAAACAUGUAUGCCGACCUGGAGGGAGAGGUCAGGAAAACCUUACCAUCAGAGCUGAUCUCCUACGUGGAGUCUUUGACCCCGAGUGUUUUCGUGGCCGUGGGGGCCCAUGUGACCUGCGGUGUGGAUGAAACUCUACACACUGCCUCCAGGACGGUCUGCUAUCUGGAUGAAACUGGCAAUAAUUGGAAAGUAUUAACAGAUCUUCCGCUACAGGCCAGCACAUCCAUGGCUGGAGUGACUGUUUUAGAUAACAAACUCUACAUAGUCGGAGGAGUUCAUGGACUUCAUAAACAAGUUGUGGACUCUUGUUUCUGCUACAGUGUUGACAACAACAGCUGGAGCAGGAUCUCCAGUCCCGCACAGCUGCGGUACAACCUCAGCCUUGUAGGUGUAGACGGUCGUCUUUACGCCAUUGGAGGAGAAUAUGAUCGAAAAGUGAUGUCAUCUGUGGAAACAUACGACAUAACUUCCGGAAUGUGGCAGUUUGCCGCUCACUUACCUCGACCAACAGCAGGAGCAGCGUGCACCAAAACCAUGAGCCGGAUAUUUGUGUGCUUAUGGAGGCCAAUGGAGACCUCAGAGAUCUAUGAGUAUGUUCCAAGGAAAGACAAAUGGCAGCUCGUUAGCACACUGAUCAGACACCAGAGCUACGGCCACUGCAUGGUUGGCCACAGGGACAGCCUGUACGUCAUGAGAAACGGGCCUUCGGACGACUUCCUAAGAUGCCUGAUGGACUGCUAUAAUCUGAGCUCAGGCCAGUGGUCGUCUCUGCCUGGACACUUCACCAACAGCAAAGGUUCUCUGUUCACUGCGGUGGUGAGAAGCGACUCUGUGUUCACGCUCAACAGGAGCAUGACUCUGGAGUAUGCCAUCGAUGGUAAAACCUGGAAGCCCCGCCGGCAGAUGAAGGGUUUCCCCAGAAGUGGAUCUGUGUGGACGUUUCUGCUCCAGCUGCCUGACACUCUCAUGCUGCAAUAAUUGCUUCAUUUGCUUUGGGAUUUAUUGAAUUGUCAACAUCUUUUUACACUCAGACAUGUAUUUUCUACAGACCUGUGCUUCAAUAAAUUUAAAGAAUGAUUCCUGUUUAGAACAACUUUGUGUCUUUGUAGUUUUGUCCAUCAUUUCUGAUGUUGUCGCCAAGCUUUUUGCUGAGAUCUGGUAACGUGAUGGCAUCUACAAAAAGAAGUCAGAAAGUGUUGUGAUAAAGUCUGUUUCCCCUGAGAAUAAUGUUUCCUGUAGUGCUGCCUUUCAUGGUUGGGGUUGGGGUAAACCUGGCUUUAAUUUAGGAUAACAGGAAACACAAAUUGAUUGAAAAACAGACUUGGACACAACAAAGGCCCAGUUCACUCAUGAGGAUAUUGGUUUAAAUACAUGUCUGUCUUUGAUGGCCAAAUCACAAAUCUAAUCUACAUGCGAUGCAAUCAGUCUUGGUAUUCCCCGGCUACAUGCAAAUCAACGUCAGCCCGCUACCACCACUCUUUGUGCUGACCCAGACGGAUAAUUUCAGUGAAACUUCAGCUGCCAUUACUGUGAUCGGUUACUGAUGUAGUAACAGUUGGGAGGAGUAAAGAUUACAUAUGCGUCUUGGAGGGACAGAUGCAUUUACACCUUUUCAACAACUUGCUGGAUUGCAUCUCAAACCAUGAUGCAUUUAACAGAAAUGGGAUAUAAUACGCAUGUACUAUGUUUUUUUUCCAGAAUAGACAAACCAAACACUUGCUCUAGAUUUGGAAGGCAAGGGUGAAGCGAGGGAGUUGCAAUCUACAAUUACACCACUAGAUUCCACUAAAUCCCUACACGCUGGUCCUUUAAUGCAUUUAUCAUGCUAAUCAGCUACUUAAAACAAAUUAAAUGUAAGGUCUGUUGAUUGAUUCAUGACGUCAACUCAUACAUUGAGUAACAUGCAAGAAAACAUUUCACCUUAAAAGCUGCACACAGUGAUUUGAAUAAUUCUUUCUCCAAUCCAUAGUUCCCUAACACUGUCU